ACAAAGAAAAAUAAAUAUUCUUUGAAAUUUAGCUGGAACAACACCAUCAAAUAAUCACCCACCGGAUGUAAAAGCUUGUGUUAGAGCCAUUUUGCAAUAUCCAUCAAUAAUUUUAUCUUCAUCUGAUAUUGCUCUUGCAACUCGGCAUUACUCUGCCGUAGCUCGUCAACGUAGUAUUCAAUUAAUGAUUAAUAAAAAGCUUUUGCAUGAGGAUUAUUAUUUCGUUCGGAAGUUGUCGAAAUCGGUGAAGGUAACGAAAGGUUUUGCUAAACGAGUACCACAAGUAAACGAUGAACAAUCACGUUUUGAUUUCAUUACUGCUUUAAAUGAGUUUGGAAUUACGUGGGUAUUGUUUAAAUCUUUUUUUGAUCUUACGAAAGAUGGUAUGUAGAUAAAAUGGUAAUAAAUAUAAAAAUUAAUUUAAUUUCUUCUAUAGGCUUUCAUACAACAACACAACUACUUUUGAAUCAAACAGCUGAAAUUUUGCUGGAUUCAGAAGAUUAUCGCUCUUACGUCAAUUAUGAUAAACGUGCAAUAUUUCGUCCGAUUGAAAAUGCAACAAUAGAACAGGAUGAAUUGGAAUAUGGAGAUAAUGUUACAGGUAUUGAGCCAUUUGAAAGUGUAGCAAAAGAAAGUGGAAAACGAAAAAAAUCUCAAGCUGCUUCUCAAUCCAAAAGAAAAAAAAGCUGA